AUUUGUUCCCUCUCYCUCUUUCCGGUUUAGCUCCUUGUGACUUUAGCACGAUGAGCGGCUCAAACGUGAAAAAAGGCUCUUCUUCCAGGGCGAUGGAGUGGAUCAGCUCUGCCUGUCGGUUUGCAGCAGACAAAAAUGACUUCAGAAGGAAUCUCCUGGUGAACUUAGGUUUGUUCGCUGCUGGUGUUUGGGUAGCAAGAAAUCUCUCCGAUUUUGACUUGAUGUCUCCUCAGCCGGUGACAUAAAGUGGGCCCCGCAUUGAAAACAAAACCAGGAUGAAGGUCUUGGACCAACACAGAAGAAAUAAGGGACGAAUACUCAAAUGUUUCUGACUGUUUAUCAUUGAAGAAAAGACCCAUCUGAUUUACAGAAGUUAUUUUGUUUUUAUUUUAUCUGAAAAUUAUUACAUAGAAACGUC